AUGUCCAGCACAAUACCUCUCGUAUACAACCAUGCUGGACAACAAAUCCAUCGAGAUAAUAUCACUGGACCACUGGCAGACUGGUCUCAAGGUCAACUCAUAUCCACAGAACGGCAGUCUUUACUAAAUGCCAUCAAAAAAAGCAUAGGACGCCAGGUUUGUGAAACCAAGAGCGAAAUGAAAGGUAAAGAUGCAAAUAUGACCUUGGAGGCGGUCCUAGACGAUUUCUCCGUAACGCGAAGUAACGCGGAAUAUCCUCAUGACUUUCUUGUAAUGGACAAGAGCUCAGGUAAUACCGUCACAAGAAUGUAUGGUCUACUCUCAGCUACUUCGAAGGAAGACCUCGUUAGGUCAUAUGCGAAUAUCGUUCUCGAACUGUACAGAUUACCUGUACCGCAUAAAAUUGGCUCCAUAUCUCCCGGGAGCACCCCUAAUGCUCUGGAAGUUAUACCGAAGCUCGGGAAGCGCAGCGAUCUCGGCGCUCCUCGAGUUUUUGAAACCCUGGAACAAUAUCUCAAAUACCUGUUUUCCGUGAAGAGGCGCGCUUUUACUCUCACAAAACAUGAUGCCAUCGGUGAAAAAGAUGACACUGGUAGCGUCUUCAGCGCACAGAGUACUAUCUCCGAACUUGGUAUUCAUAUUCGGAAGUUACUGUUGAGUUACGAUAGUCCAUGCCUCCGCCGAUUUGUGCUUAUGCACGAUCAUUUGGAUGAGACUAAUAUUUUGACCGAUGAUCAUGGACGUAUAACUAGUAUACUUGGGUGGGGCUCUCAUUCAAUCCAACCCGCGAUUCUUGCAGCCGAAUAUCCUUCGUGGCUGUCUUAUAGUGGAGUUAACGACCCACAAUUUGCUCCGACAAGCAAAUGGUGGAUUGAAGGCGCAGAAGAAAGUGCCCGACUCCGUCGUUUGUUCGAAGAAAUAGUGAAAGAACGAGACCCUGAGUAUCACCAAGCCCUGACUCAAGGCAGUGUUAUUCGAGCCGCUGUGGGCUGGUUAAUGGAUAUACGCGACGACCCCGCGUGUAGCAGAAUGAGAGGCUGGACACAGAAAACCUUCGGUCCCUCAUCAUCCAAGCCACCGGUACUCGACGAUUCUCAGUGCCAUAUCUCAUGAUGUAAAAUUGAUUGAUGACUCUGUGCUCACCCCUCACACGUUAUCCUCCUCGUGGAUCUCUUCUGGAUGAUCGGAACUCUCACAAGACUCACACACAUUACUCU